CAACUGGAGAAGGGGAAUCAAAUAUAGAGGUGGAUAAAUAUGAAUCAGGACAUUUUGGUACUUGUCCAAGAGUAUUUUGUCAGACAUGUCCUGUUAUACCAUGUGGUAGAAGUGAUAUGCCAGGAGUAGAAACUGUCAAAUUAUUUUGUCCAAAUUGUCUUGAUUUAUAUAAUCCUUUAAGUUCAAGAUUUUAUAAUGUUGAUGGUAAACAAAAUUGA